AUGCUAAGCAUAAGUAGUGGAGGAAGAAGUACGUUAAGUUUUGCUGGAUUGUUGAGGUUUCUACUGCUACUUCCAGUUAAUGCAGAUUUGCUUCCCGGAAGCAAUAGCGGGACAGGAAGCGAUGUCGUUUACAACAAGACAACGAAGAUACCAAUAUUAUCAAUUGAUGAACACAGUGAAGAUGUGGAAGAAAGGAAAAGUUCGAUGGGCGAUUUCUUCAUGAAUAUGUUCCCGAUCUUAUCAUUUGCUACACUUGGAACAGUAAUAUCUGCUUUAACUAUUGGUUCAGUUUUGUAUGUCCUUGGCCAGGCAGAUUUAAUAUAUAAAAUGCGUGUCGCAGAGAGUUUUGCAUUUGGCUCAAUGAUCUCUGCUGUGGAUCCAGUUGCUACACUUGCAAUCUUUCAAGCAUUAAACGUUGAACGAAUGCUAUAUAUGCUUGUUUUUGGCGAGUCCAUAUUUAAUGACGCUGUUUCUAUCGUUCUUACAUCUACUUCACUGGAAAUGUCUCUUCAAAAUGUUACAUGUUCGACAUCAGUCAGCUUAUUUUCCCCUGUAAUUUCCAGAUUUACUUAUAUCUUUCUCAUAUCUGCUCUUCUUGGUGUCUUUGUUGGACUUCUUUCGGCACUGAUGUUCAAGUACGUUGAUCUGCGUAAAACGCCAUCACUGGAAUUUGCUUUACUACUUAUAUUUGCAUAUUUGCUAUACGGUCUUGCAGAUGCCAUUUCACUUUCAGGUAUAAUGGCUACUUUAUUUUGCUCAAUAACCAUGUCUCAAUACACUCAUUUCAAUAUUUCGCCUAUAACACAAAUCACUAUGCAACAGACAUUUAGAACAUUAGCAUUUGUGGCAGAAACUUGCACUUUUGCAUAUUUGGGACUGGCUUUGUUUACAAUCAAACUUCAAUUUGAACCAAUGUUUGUAUCAUGGAGCAUUUUGCUUUGCUUCGUCGGUCGUGCGUUCAAUGUAUUUCCCCUGGCUUAUCUAGCUAACAAAUGUCGUCAUCCUCAGAUUUCUAUAAAGAAUCAGUUCAUAAUGUGGUAUAGUGGUAUGAGAGGAGCUGUGGCAUUUGCAUUAGCUUUACAUAUAUCGAUAGAAAAUCAGGAAACAAAAAGAGUUUUGUUAACAACAACACUUUUCAUCGUGUUAUUCACUAUUAUUUUUCUUGGUGGUACAACUUUACCUGUGCUACGGAUGCUAAGCGGUGCAUUCCCGGAUAGGAAGCAGCAAAAGAGUGUAGGAAUACGAAAAGCGAGUGACACGGAUAGAUCUGCUGUUAAUCUCUUUAAGUUUAUAUUCGAUCAAUCGGAACAUUUGGCUGAUACAGAAAAGAUUGAUACAUUUACUAAAUAUGAGAGAGAUACACAUAAGGGAGCUGCUUACAAAUUUAACGAGCUAUUUGUCCGACCAUUCUUCGUUCGGAAAUAUACGUUGAAAGAGCUACAGGAGAAUCGAAUGAGUAUGCAUCGAAUCACAAAUAAAUUACUUAAUGCAGACUGUAGUGGUGUAACUCGACAGUUCUCUACCGAUGAAACCUCUACUAGUUCUUCAAUAACCCAGUCGUUACUGUAA